UUAAUGGAAUCUUAGUAACUUAUUCAGUUAUUAAGAUGGGUUAAUGAUCUGAAAACCAGUGACCAGUGUCAGGCUGUGUUAGGAAGGGACAGGAAGUGGUCAUGAGUAAAUGGGGAGCGUUCCAAGAAAGCAGAAGGAAUGGAAAGUGAAGAUGACAGGAUGCGACUCAGAGAAUGGGCAAUCUAGUAUUGUCAAGGGAGGCACGCCUCCAGGGCAGAAGGUAUAUAAGGGAAAAAAGAGUAAAAGGAAAUCACUUGUCCAGAUUCCUAACACAGCGACAGUAUCAGGGAUCAGAGAUUCCAGCAGCAGACCUGAGUUAGACAGUUUCCAACUGAGAAUGGCUUCAGGAACAAGAAGUGGCAGAGCUCUGCAGCGUCUGGAAGCAUACAAUAACUCACCAACAAGGACGACUGAGGACAAGAACAAAAACAAGGGCAAGAACAAGGACAAGAGAAAGAACAGGAACAAGGACAACCAACAGGAGGACGAGACUGUAAUGGGUGAACUACGGCGCCUGAGAGAAGAGGUGGCUAAAUAUAAGGCUGCAGAGGAACAAAGGCAACAGGUGGACAACCAACACCAUGGUGGCACCCAGCAACAGGUGGGCAGCCAACAACUCCAGGUGGAAGACCAGCGCCAGGGGGACAUCGAGCUGCAACGCCAAAGAGAGAACCAGAGCCAGGGAGUGACCCAGGAACAACAACAAGGCACGGGGGACAACGACCCCCGACAACGCCAGCUACCAGCAGCAGUCCAGGGCCAACUGGGGGCAGCAGCACUUAUGGCACAAGGUGUAGUCAAACAUUUCUCUGGGGUAGGGGUAGCACAGAACACGGGCACAAGCAGCAUUCUCCCUACAGUAUCUGGGGACAUGAAAAAGAAGAUUUGGGCCCACCAGUACAUCCCACUAGAAACCCUGUUGAAGUCUGAUGAUCUGGAACCAGAAGGGGGCAGAAUGUUGCUUGUGUUCGACCCUACCAACCCUAAUAACCCGAUGUCACUGAGUAAGAAAAAGCCCCCCAAAAUUGCUAGCUGGCAGAAGUGGGUCGAAGCGUACCAGGUACUAAUGUUGACCAUGCUAGAGAAUGAGCCAGGUAGAGCUAGAGAGUUAGUUGGCUACCAAUGCCUGAUCAUGGAGGCAGCAGCGAAGUUCCCCCUUCAAACAUGGCUAAAGUAUGAUGAAAAAUUCCGUAAAUCAGUUUCAGAGGACCCCACGAAAAGGUGGGAUCAAAUUGAUGUCCAACUAUGGGUGGUAUGCUUUACACUGGCACCCAGAGCCAUGUGCACUAUUUGUCAUUCACCCAGCCAUUGGGCAAAAGAAUGCCCUGCAAAGGCUGUGACCUCUAAACCAGGGUCCAGCUCAGUCAGGCCAAAACCAGGCCAGGCAAACCCCGGCUUCUGUUACGGAUUCAAUUCUCCAUGGGGGUGCAAUAGGGUUCCAUGUGGAUUUAAACAUGUAUGUAGUCGAUGUGAGAAUAACACCCAUGGCAAGCACAACUGUCCAGGGGUCAACCCCAGGGUCACCAGCAAAACUGGCACUCAAUACAACUAAUUCCUGUUACACUUGCAGGUCUCUCCGUCAAAACCUGUUCAACGAAAUCCGUGCUGUAUAAUUAUGACCCUGGGCUAGUGACACCCAUUAGAAUCCAUGUACUAGAAAAAGAGUUAUUGAUGCAUCCCAAUAGACAGUUAGUCUCUUAUGUUACAAAAGGCUUUAAAGAAGGGUUCACAACAGGAUACAAGGGGCCGAGAGCCCCCAGAACGUCAAACAACCUCGUGUCAUGUAAGAAAAAUCCGGAAAGCAUAGAGGAAAACAUUCGAAAAGAGCUGCAACAAGGAAGAUUGGUAGGACCUUUUGCACAGCCACCGUUUCCGAACUUUCAAUACCACCCAAUUGGAGUGGUCCCUAAAAAACAUAGCAGUAAUUGGAGGACUAUUUACCAUCUAUCUCAUCCAGAGGGGGACAGCAUCAAUGACUCAAUUUCAAAAACUGAUUUCUCAGUGAAAUAUGUUACUAUAGAUGAUGCAAUUGCCAUGUUGAAACGUCUGGGCAAGGGAGCCUUCAUGGCCAAGACGGACAUAAAGUCUGCAUACAGGGUGAUCCCUCUACAUAAAAGUGAACAUGAGCUCUUUGGUAUCUGUUGGAAAAAUGAAUAUUUUUAUGAUAAAUGCCUAUGUUUUGGUCUGCGGUCCGCCCCAUUCAUAUUUAGCACCUUUUCGGACUUGUUAGAAUGGAUCCUAAAGAACAACUAUCACAUAGGUGAGAUUAUCCACAUAUUGGACGACUUUCUGCUAGCAACAGUAGGGCCAAAUGAUCAACAAUGUAGGCAAAAUCUACAAACGCUCCUGCAAGUAUUUCAUAACUUGGGGGUCCCCAUAGCAGAGGAAAAAACAGAGGGACCGGCAAAAGUUAUGGUAUUCAUGGGGAUUGAAUUAGACUCAGUAGCACAAGAAGCAAGACUGCCAUCAGACAAACUUCAACGCCUGAAGAGUAGCUUUGCAGAAUGGGGGUCCCGAACUAGAUGUACCCUUAAGGAACUGCAGAAG